UACAUAAGCUCUUAGGAUCGCUCUUCCUAUUAGACUCACAAUGCAGCUCUCCCUUGUUUUCACCACACUCGUGUCCUUUGUCGCUCUUGCGGCGGCUUAUCCCGCACUAGACACAAUUGGGACAAAACGUGCUUGUGAGGACUUGUGCACUGUCACUGGAAUCAGCGAGACUGAUAUGAUACGCAGCUUUGGACAAACGCGAAGAAGACCACAUCAUCAACUACGAAAGUUAUGGAGGCCUACGUAAUCAUUGGGAGUGUGAGUAUUUGUGUACUUCCACUCGAAUCAGCAAGAGUAGGCUAAGCGGUCGAUGUUGAGACGCGUUGUGAGUUAUGUAGCGAAGACCUCGAGGGUUAAUAGUGUCUCCGGACGAGGCACUGUUUUUUUCAGUUUUCGAGUGUACUAUCAUCUAAAACGAAGGAGAUUCGUUACGGUACUAGUGUUUGGAUCUCGUCACAUUCUUGUAGUUUGCUGCAGCCGAAUGCUUUCAAUAUUGCCUGUCGUGAAAUUCACUUGCCAGUUGUUUGUUUCAGCUUCGAAGCCUUCCACCGUGACAUUGAGACCAUCUCGGUCAAACAAAUAUGACGUGACUGGUGCUCCUGUUUUCUUCGGCCAGUCCCUCUGCCUCUACCUACCUGCCGCUGGUCUGUUGAAAGUGUGGAAAGGAUUUAAGCGUGACACUGCAAUGCAGACCAAGAGCCUGCCUCUAGCGAGGCUGGCAAUGAUGAUCGAUGAUGAGCACUGUCGAUGUCAAAUGAGCUUAGUCUAGCUAAGGUAGUUCUCAAGCGCGUUCA